ACACGAGACUAGAAGCUUCGCACACGCCAUUUUCUUUGCCUGAACGAGUGGAAAGCGGAAAGUUCUCCACGUUCAAUUUUUAGCCAUGGCUGAUCAAGAGUACUUUCAAGAUGGACAGUUUCCCGGAGAACCUAGAUCUGCAAACCAUGAAAAAGAAAGACCACGUGAGAAAGAGAGGAGGAGGUCUAGGUCACCGAGACGCAGACGGUCUGGAAGCAAAGAGAAAAAAGAACGAAAAGAUAAAGAUCGUCGUCGCAAAUCUAGGAGUCGUUCCCCAAAGGAUAAGACUCGGAAGAGAAAGAAGCCAUACAAGUACUGGGAUAUUCCCCCACCUGGGUUUGAGCACAUCACACCAAUGCAGUACAAAGCCAUGCAAGCUGCAGCUCCUGUCAUGCCUCCAGCUCCAAUACCCGUGGCACCUGGAGGUACAACAUUAACAAACACAACUGUACCCUUUGCUGGUAGUGCUAUCAGUCGGCAGGCCAGACGUCUCUAUGUGGGCAACAUACCGUUUGGUGUCACAGAGGAGGCCAUGAUGGAUUUCUUCAAUCAUCAGAUGAAACUUACUGGUCUUGCACAGGCUGAUGGAAAUCCAGUUAUUGCUGUACAGAUUAACUUGGACAAAAACUUUGCAUUUUUAGAGUUCCGAUCAGUGGAUGAAACAACUCAGGCAAUGGCUUUCGAUGGCAUCAACUUCCAAGGGCAAUCAUUGAAGAUCCGUCGCCCGAGAGACUACCAGCCCCUCCCGGGGAUGGCUGAAACUCCGUCAGUGGCUGUGCCAGGUGUUGUUUCAACAGUAGUCCAGGACUCGGCACACAAAGUAUUCAUUGGUGGAUUGCCAAAUUACCUCAAUGAGGACCAGGUAAAGGAAUUGCUGACCUCCUUUGGACCUCUGAAGGCUUUCAACCUGGUGAAGGACAGUGCAACUGGCUUAUCAAAAGGAUAUGCAUUCUGUGAAUAUGUGGAUGUCAACAUCACUGAUCAGGCAUGUGCAGGAUUAAAUGGCAUGCAGCUCGGAGACAAGAAACUCAUUGUACAGCGGGCAAGUGUUGGGGCCAAGAAUGCACAGAAUGCUCCAGUACAGUUACAGGUACCAGGGUUGAACCUGAACCAAGGUGCUGGUCCAGCCACUGAGGUACUGUGCCUCAUGAACAUGAUUCUGGCAGAGGAGCUUGAGGAUGAGGAGGAGUAUGAAGAUAUUGUUGAAGAUGUGAGAGAAGAGUGUGGCAAGUAUGGCGUUGUCCGCAGUAUCGAGAUUCCACGACCAAUAAAAGGGGUAGAAAUCCCAGGACUUGGCAAGAUAUUUGUUGAGUUCAACUCUGUGAUCGAUUGUCAGAAGGCCCAACAAGCUCUGACAGGAAGGAAGUUCUCAAAUCGUGUUGUUGUCACCUCUUACUAUGACCCAGACAAGUACCACAGGAGAGAGUUCUAAAACACAUUCUACAUCUGUGCUGGUUAUGAUCCACACCUCAUCAUCAUAACAAAUUGUGUCUAGCAACUUACAGUUAAGGGAAAGAGUUAUUGUGUCUGACCAAUGAAUAUUCAAUUGAUUCUGGUGUUGCCACCCAAGAGACAUAAUUAACAUGCUGCUGUUCUUCAAUACAAAUUGUUGCACUUCCAGAAUAAUGUACUAAAUAUAUUUGGAAACAUCAGAUUUACAAGUUAUGAAUGAUGCAUGAUGUUAAAAGAAUCAGUAUUUAUAGAAUAUGAAAUAAACUAUUACUAAAUACAGAGCAGAAGAAUUUGAAUUUUGUUCUAUGUGGAAAUAAAUAUGUUGCAAUGUUCGGAACUUUGAUCAUCACGAGUUUGUAAGUAUUGGUUUCAUCUUGCUUUGGAAGGAAUAUUGUUUGGUAUUUGUUUCAAUCAAUUAUUGAACAUAAUGAAUAAAUCCACAUAUUUUGUACAAGUACUUUUGAUUGCAUCAUAUUUGUUAGUAUUUCAUGGCUUGAAACUUGAUCAUUUUUAUGCUUUUAUGCCCUACCAUAUUAUGACUUGGAGUUUACUCUAGUAAGCUUCUUACAUAAAAGUUUCCUUUAUCAUUUAUAGUUGGUGCUUUUGUGGAUUUGAAAUUGUAAAAAGCAAUGUAAAAUCAUCCAAUUUGUUUUUAAGGUUCAUAUUUUGCCAAGUACAUCAUAAUAAAAUCAGUCUUACCAUU